AUGCAUGAAGAGCGCUUUCCCUUUCUUUCUCUCGGCGCUCAGUUAAUCCUGCUGUCAGUUGGUGUUAAGCAGCAGACGAAGCGCUGGAUUCCAGGAGAGGGAGACGCACAGCACCGAAGGCAUAGCAGAAGGGAGGUGCGGACAGAAAGAGAGACCAGAGGGAGAAAACCAAAUCUAUGCUUGGAACUGGGCUUCUUUUUCGCCAAUGCAAAAGGGAAUAUGCAGCACAUUUUUGCUUUCUUCUGCACCGGUUUCCUAGGGACGGUGUUAGGGGCCAAUUUCCCCAACAACAUCCAGAUAGGGGGAUUAUUUCCUAAUCAGCAGUCCCAGGAGCAUGCGGCUUUUCGGUUUGCACUGUCUCAGCUCACAGAACCCCCUAAGCUGCUCCCCCAGAUCGACAUUGUGAACAUCAGCGACAGCUUUGAGAUGACAUACACCUUCUGUUCACAGUUUUCCAAGGGCGUUUAUGCCAUCUUUGGGUUUUACGAGAGGAGGACCGUCAACAUGCUCACGUCCUUCUGCGGGGCCCUCCAUGUCUGCUUCAUCACACCCAGCUUCCCUGUCGACACGUCCAACCAGUUUGUUCUCCAACUACGCCCGGAGCUCCAGGAGGCCCUCAUCAGUGUCAUCGAGCACUACAGCUGGCAGAAAUUCGUCUACAUUUACGAUGCCGACCGGGGCUUGUCAGUCCUCCAGAGAGUGCUGGAUACCGCGGCGGAGAAGAACUGGCAGGUGACAGCCGUCAACAUCCUGACGACGACAGAGGAAGGCUACAGGAUGCUCUUCCAGGAGCUGGAGAAGAAGAAGGAAAGGCUGGUGGUGGUGGACUGCGAAUCCGAGCGGCUGAAUGCCAUACUGGGCAAGAUCAUCAAGCUUGAAAAAAAUGGGAAUGGCUACCACUACAUCCUGGCGAACUUGGGAUUCAGGGACAUUGACCUGAUAAAAUUCAAAGAGAGUGGAGCCAAUCUGACUGGCUUUCAGUUGGUGAAUUAUACAGACACCAUCCCAGCCCGGAUCAUGCAGCAGUGGAAGAGCAAUGAUGCCCGGGAGCACCCUCGAGUUGACUGGAAGAAGCCAAAGUACACAUCUGCUCUUACUUACGAUGGAGUUCGGGUGAUGGCCGAGGCCUUCCAGAGCCUACGUAGGCAGCGGAUUGACAUCUCCCGUCGAGGAAAUGCUGGGGAUUGCCUUGCAAAUCCGGCCGUUCCUUGGGGUCAAGGCAUUGACAUUCAGAGAGCUCUGCAGCAGGUGCAUUUUGAAGGAUUAACUGGCAACGUUCAGUUUAACGAGAAAGGUCGUCGGACGAACUAUACCCUCCACGUGAUGGAAAUGAAACACGAUGGGAUCCGGAAGAUUGGCUACUGGAACGAAGAUGAAAAAUUUGUCCCAGCAGCCACCGAUGCACAAGGUGGCAACGAAUCCAUGAGUCUCCAGAACAAGACAUACAUAGUUACCACAAUUCUAGAAGACCCGUACGUGAUGCUCAAGAAGAACGCCAACCAGCUUGAAGGCAAUGACAGGUAUGAAGGCUACUGCGUGGAGCUUGCUGCUGAGAUCGCUAAGCAUGUUGGCUACAAUUACACGUUGGAGAUAGUGAGAGAUGGGAAGUAUGGAGCCCGGGACCCUGACUCUAAAACAUGGAAUGGCAUGGUGGGAGAACUGGUGUAUGGAAGAGCUGAUGUUGCUGUUGCACCAUUGACCAUCACCCUUGUUCGAGAAGAAGUUAUUGACUUUUCCAAACCGUUUAUGAGCCUAGGCAUCUCCAUCAUGAUAAAAAAACCUCAGAAAUCCAAACCCGGAGUGUUUUCCUUUCUGGAUCCCUUGGCUUAUGAGAUCUGGAUGUGCAUCGUCUUUGCCUACAUUGGAGUCAGCGUUGUCCUCUUCCUGGUCAGCCGCUUCAGCCCGUAUGAGUGGCACACCGAGGAAUUUGAAGAAGGGCGCGACCAGCCAGCUGCUGAUCAAACUAAUGAAUUUGGGAUAUUUAACAGUCUCUGGUUCUCCUUGGGAGCCUUUAUGCAGCAAGGAUGUGAUAUUUCACCAAGAUCUCUCUCUGGCCGCAUCGUGGGUGGCGUCUGGUGGUUCUUCACCCUGAUCAUCAUCUCCUCCUACACGGCUAACCUAGCUGCCUUCCUGACGGUCGAAAGGAUGGUGUCACCAAUCGAGAGUGCAGAGGACCUGGCCAAGCAGACAGAGAUCGCCUACGGGACCCUGGAAGCUGGGUCAACUAAAGAAUUUUUUAGGCGCUCUAAAAUAGCAGUGUUUGAGAAGAUGUGGACAUACAUGAAAUCGGCCGAGCCCUCCGUUUUUGUGAGGACCACGGAAGAGGGCAUGAUCCGGGUGAGAAAGUCGAAAGGGAAGUAUGCCUACCUCCUGGAGUCCACGAUGAACGAGUACAUCGAGCAGCGGAAACCGUGCGACACAAUGAAGGUGGGAGGUAACUUGGAUUCCAAAGGCUAUGGCAUUGCAACGCCAAAGGGGUCUGCACUGAGAAACCCAGUAAACCUGGCAGUGUUAAAACUGAACGAGCAGGGGCUUUUGGACAAAUUGAAAAACAAAUGGUGGUACGACAAGGGCGAAUGCGGCAGCGGGGGAGGUGAUUCCAAGGACAAGACGAGCGCUUUGAGUCUCAGCAACGUGGCGGGCGUUUUCUAUAUCCUCAUCGGUGGGCUCGGACUGGCCAUGCUGGUUGCCUUAAUCGAGUUUUGUUACAAGUCCAGGAGUGAAUCCAAACGGAUGAAGGGUUUUUGUUUGAUCCCACAGCAAUCAAUUAAUGAAGCCAUAAGGACAUCGACACUUCCCAGACCGGCCACGGCAGGAGCCAGCGGAGAGAACGGCCGGGUGGUCAGCCACGAUUUCCCCAAAUCCAUGCAGACAAUUCCGUGCAUGAGCCACAGCACCGGGAUGCCCCUGGGAGCCACAGGAUUAUAAUCGGCCUUGACACGUCACCCGGGUGCGAGCAGGGUCACCCCCGCCCCACCCCCCUCCAGUGCCAAAAACCAAUCCAAACCGAGAAACACGAUGACGACGACGAACAAAAGGGACUAUUCAAUGGAUCUUCCUGAGGAAAUUGAAUCUACUUUCCUUUUUGUUUUCCAAUAGAUCCACAGGCAGGAGAGUUAAACACAGUCUGCGCCGCAAUAAGGAGAGCAUAAUGGGAUUUAACAGACUCGCAAACCGUCCCUGGAUCGCAGAGCCGCUGGAAAACUAAUGAGGACUGUGCCAUUUUGUUUUAACUUGGUUGUUAAUAAGUCUUAGUGUGUGCAAUAUAUAUAUAUAUACACACAUAUAUAUAUAUUUUUUCUUACUAAUUCCUGUGGUGUCAGGAUGACAUCGGGCCGCCCUCCCGCCCCCACGCCUCCCCACACAGCCUUUUAAUCAGGUGUAGUUUGAGAUGCAAACCUAACGUUUGAGCUACUAACAGCAAAAGGGAAAAUGAAAUAAAAAAGGCGACCCUACUGCCCUGAUGGGCACCAGCGGCCAGCCCUUGGAUUCAUCAGGAGCCAGCUGUGUGUCCGCCAAGACCCUGGGGCAGAGUUUACUGCAACCGGUCAAGCAGUCAUGUGGAGGGCUCCGGCCAAUCUUCCUGCACCAGGCAGGACUCUCGGGAUGAGUCAACACCCACAUGGCAACACACAUUGACUUUGCAGGAACAAGGAGUGGAGGGAAGUUAGAAACAGAGGCGAGAGCACCCAAGUAACCCUGGAUCAAUGUGAUACGUACUCCGUAAGAGAUGACAAGUGGCGAUUCCAGGGAAACUGAGGCACGAUUGCAGACGUGUUCUGGGACUGGAGAAACCCAGCGUUUGGCAGCUGAGCCAACAGUGGACUAAGAUCAUGACAGACGGCUGCGUACGGAGGACAGGAACCAAACACAACUUUGAUCAUACAUGCAACCCUCUGCCUACACUAUCCAGGGCUAACUGGCAAUUGUGAGCCAUUUCCUCAUUGCUUUGCUUCUAUAUGUGCUCCUUUGUGGAUGGCUGCUGACGGGGGAACCACCAAGAGCCUGGAGUGAAACAGUCCUCACCAGUACAGGGGUGCUGGAAAUGUGAGGCUGUGCUUGGGACGUUUCCGGAUUUAGGCUCUGACAUCCCCUUCGGACUAACUUUGAAUUCAAAGGGGACUCUUCGCGGCUAAACAAUCAAGCCAGAUUUCUGGGAAGAACCUACAUCUCCCUGAAUCAAACCGCAUGGAUGGGGUGUCCCAUAGGACCUUCACACCCACUUCCAUGUUAUUGGGUUGAUGUUGGGCCUGUUAAACUCAGCUCUGGGCCAACGGGUUGGCGGAGAAGCCAAGAGCAGUGAGUUCUGGCUCGUUCCUCCUCGACAAGGAAGCAGGACUCACCAGGCACGUCGCUCUCCGCUCGGUCCAGGAACGCCUGUCCGAAACCCAGUGCAAAGCCAGCUGCUGGCAACGUUGCCCCAGCAGCUAAUUGUCUUAUUUCUUUCUUUUGCUUUUCUUUUUUUGGUUUCUGUCUAACCAGAAGAUUCAUUUUGUGAAGCCACCAGCAUGAAUAGCAGAACGCUCUGUUUUUGGGGGGGCUGGGGAAAUGCACCGUUUUAAAGGGAAUAUCAAGGAAGAUGGGAGAUCGUCCAUGGACGGAGCUGGACCGGUCUCAGCGGGGGCAGAUGACAAAACAAGGAGCAGUGGGCUCAAGUGGCAGCAAGGGAGGUUUAGGUUGGAUAUUAGGAAA